CCCCCUCCCCUUCUCUCUCUCUCCCCUCCUGGUAAAAUGGUGUCCAAGCUCAGCUCUCUGCAGCAGGAACUUCUGGGCGCUCUCCUCAGCUCCGGAGUCACCAAGGAGGCGUUGAUCCAAGCCCUGGAGGACAUGGUGCCCGCCACCAGCUUCGGGGUGAAGCUGGAGAACCUGCCGCUGUCCCCAGGCAGCGGGACGGAGGCGGACAGCAAGCCCGUCUUCCACACCCUCACCAACGGCCACAGCAAGGGCAAGCUGUCCGGGGACGAGGGCUCCGAGGACGGGGACGACUUCGACACCCCGCAGAUCCUCCGGGAGCUGCAGGCGCUCAACACGGAGGAGGCCGUGGAGCAAAGAGCGGAGGUGGAUCGGAUGAUCAGUGAGGACCCCUGGCGGGCUGCGAAAAUGAUCAAAGGUUACAUGCAGCAGCACAACAUCCCCCAGAGGGAGGUGGUGGAUGUCACAGGCCUGAAUCAGUCUCACCUCUCCCAGCACCUCAACAAGGGAACACCCAUGAAAACGCAGAAGCGGGCAGCGCUCUACACGUGGUACGUCCGGAAGCAGAGGGAGAUUCUCAGACAAUUCAACCAGACAGUCCAGGGUUCUGGAAAUAUGACAGACAAAAGCAGUCAGGAUCAGCUGCUGUUUCUCUUUCCAGAGUUCAAUCAGCAGAACCAGGGCACGGGCCAGCUCGAGGACACCUGCUCUGAAACCCCCAGCAAGAAGAUGCGACGGAACCGAUUCAAAUGGGGGCCUGCCUCGCAACAAAUCUUGUACCAAGCCUACGACCGGCAAAAGAACCCUAGCAAGGAGGAAAGGGAAGCUUUAGUGGAGGAAUGUAACAGGGCGGAAUGUCUCCAGCGAGGCGUGUCCCCCUCCAAAGCGCACGGGCUGGGAUCCAACUUGGUGACGGAGGUUCGCGUCUACAACUGGUUCGCGAACCGACGGAAAGAGGAGGCUUUCCGCCAGAAGCUGGCCAUGGACGCCUACAGCACGGGCCAGCCACACAGCAUGAACCUUCUGCUGUCCCACAACUCGCCCCAUCACACCCAGCCCAGCUCUUCGCCCCCCAGCAAAAUGGCAGGAGUCCGAUACAGCCAGCAGGGGAACAAUGAGGUCACUUCCUCGUCGACAAUCAGUCACCAUGGCAACAACACCAUGGUGACCACCAGCCAGUCCGUCCUACAGCAGGUUUCCCCAGCAGGGUUGGACCCAGGCCACAAUUUACUCUCGCCUGAUGGUAAAAUGAUCUCUGUUUCGGGAGGUGGGCUGCCCCCUGUAAGUACCCUGACCAAUAUCCACAGCUUGCCUCAUCACAACCCACAACAAUCUCAGAACCUCAUCAUGACACCGCUCUCUGGCGUCAUGGCAAUCGCGCAAAGGUUUACUGCACACCCUGCUGCACUGCAGAGAGAAGCAGACCGUGUACAGCACAACCCUUGUGGGUAUCUCCAAUGUCUAAAUACUUCCCAGGCGCAGAGCGUCCCUGUUAUCAACAGUGUUGCCGGAAGUCUGGCAGCUUUACAACCAGUCCAGUUUUCCCAGCAGCUACACAGUCCUCAUCAACAGCCACUCAUGCAGCAGUCGCCCAGCCAUAUGACACAGCAGCCUUUUAUGGCCACAGUGACUCAGCUGCAGAAUUCACACAGUAAGGAUCUUGUCAGUGUAUGCACACAAGCAGGAGCCUCCCCAGUAUUCCCACACUUCCCGGUUUCCAUCAGCCAUGGUGGUCACAGAUACCAGCAGCAUCAGUACAUUAACCAAUAUGUCUUCCAAUAAACAGUGUCCCCUGCAAGCCUGGUGAUGUUCCACACCUCACUUAUUCUGCACCUAGCAACGGGAACUUAUUUUCCACAACAUCACGCCGGUAACCAACGAAGUCCGAGGGGUGUUGCCAUAGUGAAGCUCAGCCAGCUUGUCUAGUGCCAUAGCGAGACGCCCGUUAACCUGAAAAAGAGCUAGAGCUUCAAGACUUAAUAGCCACCCUUCUGUGACUUGACAGGACCGAAGUGCCUACUCCCAGAGACUGUGCUUUUCCAUUUCCUUCACGCAGUAUUUCCAAGAGACGUCUUGAGGAUUUUAAGUAUUUGCCUUUGAGAGGGCAUUGGCUCUCAUGAGAAAAUUAAGAACAAAAUGUACUGAUGACUGGCAGAAGAGGAAGACGAAGAUCAAACAUAUUUAAGUUAUAUUCCUUCACCAAAUGGACUGAUGAGACUUGGAGCUGUUACUUGGAGUUUGGAAGAAGGAAUCACAUGUGCUGUUGAACUGAGCCAAUUAAACUGUAAAUAUAGAUAAACUUCUCUCCUCUCCAAUCCUUCCAUCUCCAUCUAUAAAUAGAGAGUUAUAUUAAAGAAGUAAAUUUUGUCCAAUGGAUGUAAACUACUGUAAUUAAGUGCAAUUUCCUCACCUGUAUAUAUUGCCAACCUUUUUCUUAUUUCUCUUUUUGUAAAGGUCAGAACUGAAGGUUUUUCUUUAUUUUUCUUUCUUUAAAUGAACAAAAUCAUGAGGAAACACCUGGGCCUAGUCAACGAUGAUAGUCAACCAGUGUUUGUGAGGACAGACAUAAGCUCAUCCUUUGUACAGCUGCUAUUAAAGGCUGACAAAUUGUGGUUUGCUCAAUAGUCCAGACAAAUAUGAACCCAAAUUUAGUGAAGGACCAGGAAUGAGAUACAUAACCCAAUGGCAGGCUACCCAAAUGCACCAUCCAUCUGGUGGCUAUUGCCACUAUGCAGAGCUCAAAAUUUUAUGAUAUUCCCUGACACGUAGGCAUUUUGAGUGAAAAUGUUUAGGAGCAAGGGAAGAGGGAAUUAAAACCUGUGGACUGCUUUGGGAGUUUUCAGCUUACAGGUGUGGGCAGUUUUCAAGGAAGCCUGUAGCAUUUGCUGCUGUGUACCUGAAUGGGCUGGUAACCACACUUUUUAGUGGGAACUUUCUAUACCUCCAAAGGGGUUUGGAGAAAUCCUGAUCUUCUUUGGAGCAGGAGGGAAAAGUGAGACGUGAAAUCCCAAUAUCACCUCAGGAAGUGGGAAGGGGUUUGGUGUCUAAUAUCACCCGGUCUUCUGCUCAAUAAAAACUGUGAAUAUAAGUCAGUUAUUUUACAUUGUGCGUGACUGUAGGGCAAGCCUUGUUAACUUUCCCUUUCCAAUUAACAAGCCAAGGCCAUAGCUCUGAUGCCACUUCCUAGCCUGUUGCUGGCUUUCCCUCCUCUGCCAUUGGAUAAAAUAUCUGUAGUGCCAGGAGUGUGAGUGUUUCAUGCUGACAGCCAGAUACGUUGCCACUAAGGCCUCAUUGUCCUACCAUGACCCAGACUGAGUAGUGUCUUGCUCACCAAGUAAUGCCUUUGAAUUCAGUAGGACUAUGCAUAGUGUGAGGUCCUACUUAGUCCAAUAUGGAUAAAGGUAUCACAGUCUGGCCCUAAACCAGAAAUGUACAUGCUGGAAAAUGACCAUAAAGGGGCUGUGGUGGCUUUGAGGGCAUAUCUCCAUUGCCACCCAUUGAUGCACUGGCAGGUGCUGUAUUGGCCUGUUCUUUACUUGUUGGCUGUAGAGGUAUUUGAGAAAGAAAGUUCCUGGAAGAGGGGAGAAUUAUUAAGCAAAAGGCCCAUUUGGGAGGAGCUCGUAGCUAACCUUUUUUUUUUAUCUCUUCCCAUUCCAAAUUCAUCUCAACAGAAGACUUGGGUCUAAUCCUGCUUCCUUUGAAAUCAAUAACAAAACUUUCCUUAAUGUCGGAGGGACCAGAAUUAAGACUUUUGGCAAGGAGACCAGAUGAUCUACUAGUAGCCAGCAGGGGAGCACACAAAUAAUAAAUUCCUCUGGGUCCUCCUCACUCCAAGUUUGGGGAUACUGGAACUUUUCUCCAUCCUGCUAACCACUCUAGAACGUAAAUCAGACAACUAGCAUCUCCCCAGCUUGUAGCUACUAUAGGAAAAAAGGCAUACUGGGCCAGACCCUCAGCUGAUUGUAUAUCAGUGUAGUUCUAUUGAAGUCAAUGGAGCUACACUGAUUUACACUAGCUAAGGAUCUGGUGUAAAAUUGUCAAAAGUGCCUAAAUCCCAUUUUCAAAAGGGACUUAGGAACCUGCAUCUUGUUUACUUGAAGUGAGACUUAGGCGCCUAAAUGCCUAAGUCACUUGAAAAUGGGACAGGCGCCUGAAUCACUUAGACACUUCUGAAUUUUUUUUUAAGCUGGUGCCUUAAUUCCAGACUCCAUGAGCAAUUAAAAAGGGUAAACCUCAUUAGAGUCUUCCUAUGAACAGAAUGAUCAAUACUAAAUAUAAAAGCAGCAGAUUCUCUUUUUGGGGGAGGGACCAUCUUUUCCUUUUGUGUUUGUACAAUGCCCAGCACAAUGGGGUCCCGAUCCUCAUUGGGAUUAGUAGGAAUUAUUGGAUGACAAGUAAUAAAUCAUUAUGAACUGGAAAGCAAUCUUUGGAAUGAAAUUUAUUUUGAUGUAUACUAUAAUUAAAUACCAUUUCUUCUG